AAUUUUGUCGUAUCCAUCGGGGGAAACAAGAAAUUCUUCUUGUGCCUUUUCCGCAGUUUGCUCCGACGACGAUGGCUUUACACGCACACAAACAAUGGUACCCGUACCGAGUGAGUGGCAAACACAGCAGGCAAUCAAAAGCCCGUGGAUGGAAAAAGAAGCUAUAGAAACAGAAACUGGUGGUCACGAACGAAUAGCAGAAAUUGUGUGUACAUAUUGCGGGAGAGCCGAGCCAAGAGUAGCAGCAAGUGUUGGUGUGACUCAUCCAUCCCACUUCCACUAUCCGCACCAUAUUGCUUUGGCUUCACCUUUCGCAUCUAGCUCGCGAUGCGAUCUGAGUUUGUGUGGCGAUUCAAUGUGUGAAUGCUGUCUGAUGAGUGGGCCGUGAAAACUGGUUUUUCUUGUCUGUGCCCCUUUUUUUUUUUUUUGACAAGUUGAGAUCAGUGCUCGGAACAAAGUUGUUUAUUUUGGUUUAGCUUCAAGCUAAUCGAUGUGCACCUACUGCCUAUACUUUCUGUGAAUGGUACAUUGUUUAGGUGAUAAUGAUAAAAAUGAAAGAUUGUUUUCAUUGCAGAUUCGUACAGAGUAACCUGAUGCGUGUGAUUGUGUUUGUUAAUCGUUUAUUUGAAUCUGGAUAUGGACAUUUUGCGUGAAAGCAAUGAUAAAUACUGCUCAGAGCGCAGUAACAGAAAAGAGUUGCCAGCAGACAGGCAACUCAAUUCCUAUGAGGCUAUAUACAAUGCAGUGUUGAGCAGGCAGAGACAUUCUUUGAUGGAUUUUAAAGUUGUGUCGCAUUAGUGAUAUGUUGCUUUCAGCAGAACCGAAAGCGUAAUGCCAUGUUCGGACGAUUUAGUUUCAAAUAACAAGCAAUUUCGUUUGCCUUUUCUCAAGUUUUUAAGCUAAUUGGGUAAAAGACAGAUAGUAGCAUAAAGCGAAUGCAGAGCCAUAACAUAUUUAACACUACUAUAAUUAACAAGUUGUCGAGUGAUCAAAAAAAAACUUUAUAAUCGAAUUGAAGAGCUGUUAGAUUAUUUAUUUCAUGGGAUGAAUUACCAUUCUUCUUCUACGAAAUUUAUGAAAACAGCCAUAAUAAGAUCGUUUGAAAUAUAAUCAUUGCUAGAAAGUACAGAAACAAACAGAAGGAUCAUUACUGUGCAGAUCCCGUUACAACACCGUAGACAUACUCUGACCUGAAAAAGUACCAUACACCGCACUGAAUGACUGGUGACGAUUAACCGAUUAAAUUAUGAUGUCUGUGGUUGAAAAGGCUUCUUCCAUUAGCCGCUAUAUGUUGAAUAACACGAUGUUGAUAAAAGCUAAAAAUCCACCACAGGCAUAAAGAUUAACAGCACAGGAAUCACCUAUUUAUAAAACGGUAGACAUUCGAUUGUCGGAAUGGUAAUUGAAAUUUAUUAGCAAGAUUGCUUGCAAAUGUAAAUUGAACUAUGUAGUGCAGUUGCAUUAUUCGACACUAUGUAUUGGAAACAAACCGGGCCAUAGGAAUUUCGAUGGAGACAAUUUCUGCGAAGGUUUCGGCGCGUUUUGCGUUUAAUGGAUUGUAUUAUGAUAGAAUAUUGCCCUUCAAGAAUCUAGAAUCGCUCCUUCCAGUUUUGGCAACGCUGCUACUCUCGGUGCGGAAAUUAAUCCUCUGAAGAGCGUUUAUCAUCGGAAGGGAGCUCUCUUUCACUUUUGUGGAGCAAAAAUCCAGCUGAACUGGUUGUAUUCACUGGAUGUUAUCUCGCUUCAGAAGUGGUUACAUCAACACUUGCAUAGUGCUUUGCUCGCCGAUUCCGUGCAGUCCUCAACUGCCAUCGUCGUCGUUGAACACGUUGCUGCUCUGUGGUGGUGACCUGAACUCUUCUCUUGCCUGGUCGACUCUUCUUGGGUUCCAAUCAAACGCUGCCAGUGAGCAUGCAAGAGACGAUGCUCCGAUACUGUGUGUUUUCCACGUCUGUGUGCGCUUGUGGAGGAUCCGAUGAAAUGUGGAAAUGCCAUAGCCCGUAACUGUCCGACAGGAAUAGCUGUCCGCUAGACUGUAUGCUGUGUGCAGCGACGAAGUGUGUAAAGUGCCGUGUCCAAACGCGCCGUGGAGCAGUGAAAAUCCAUCAAUAGGCGGAGAAAAAUAAAACUUUAGAGAGUGUCAUUUCUUGUGUUCGCUUUUUUUUUUCAUGUUUUCCCCUCCGUUCGAAAAAGUCCGAUGAGCAAAAUUGAAUUUCUUGCACAAAGUUAUCUACCCGAGCUCAAUUAAUUAAAAGUGUGAAAAGUGUCGAUCAACGGGGACGAAAAUUGAUGCUGGACCUCGAGGCCAUACGACGAAACUUUUCAACAACCGGGUUGUUUGGGGAAGAAAAGGAAAAACAACUUCUACAGAGAGGAUUAUUUCUAACGUAAGAAAUAUUCUUUCUUCGACUCAUUUUACUUUCAACCGUGGUGAUAGUGUAGUUCUUUUGUACGAGGAUUAAGCGGCUUUUUCUCGACAGUGAAGUGAAAAAAGGCUCGAAACCUCAAAGUAGUGAAACGGUAUCCAUACUCCCUAGCUUUUGUGGCUAGAUAGAUAUACAUACCAAGAAGAUAGCGAUUUGCAGUGAAGUGAAGUGAAAAUGGUGCCGAUAAAAGGGAUUUAUCUAGCACUCCUUGUGCUAGUCGCUACCAGCAGUUUCCACAGUAACCAGGUGAAAGGAGACAAGUACGAGGAUGAGGAUGACUACUACGAUUCAAGAGAACGUGUCCUGGAGACUGCAUACCACGGCUUAAUCAAAGAGAAUGAAACAUUCGUCGAAAUCACGCCAUUAAUCAAAGUCGACGAAACGAAAAUAUGUGGAUUCCACAUAAUUAAAAAGAAUAAGGAGAUACCGUUUCAGAUCGAGCUAGUCAAUGAACUGGGUAUACUGAAAGCGAAAAAGUCGCUGAAUUGCGAAAAGCGCAAAAACUACAGAUUCGACAUCACAGCGGUGUUCUGUGAUGGAACGCACUCGAAAAGCGCAAACGUUCACAUCUCGGUGAUUGACAUAAAUGAAUAUUCACCCACAUUCCUGCAGCCAUCGUACGUAACGGAGGUGGACGAAGGUCGUCUGUAUCAGGAAAUCAUCCGAGUGGAAGCGACAGACAAGGACUGUACACCCCUCUUCGGCGAUGUGUGCAAGUAUGAAAUUCUCACCAGUGAUCAGCCUUUCACGAUCGACAAUGAGGGCUCAAUUCGAAACACCGAGCCACUGUCGCACAAAGCGUCCCAUAACCACAUUCUGUCAGUUGUGGCCUAUGAUUGUGCGAUGAAGCAAUCUGCCCCAGUGAUGGUGAACAUCCGUGUGCGUCGAGUUUGUGAAGCGCACGUGAUGGGAGUAGCCGAGCGAAUUGAUUACAUUGCUAACUCAAUGGAGAGCGUAUCCGUCUUCCCGAAGAUACACCUUGAACUUUGCGAUAUGCAGUGCAAAGGGGAAGAUAUGGUUAUUCAGUCUUCGGUUUCACUCAAAACUAAACAUAUUUCAUUUGGCUGCGACCGGGAUGCAAGCCAAUGUUUGAAGAAACUUAGCGAAGAAGAGCAGAUUGAGAGUGGGUUAAUUGACCUUUUGAAAAAGAAUACUGAGUGGACUAAGGACCUGAUGUACGACGAGGGAAGUGAAUCGAUUUUCCACUUUGACGGAAGCACGGGUUCAAUCAUUCCGAAAAAUGUGGUCAAAUCUCAAGAUUUCGCUGCUCACCAGUUCAGCAUGAUGACAAUGUUCCGCCAUCAUAGCAUCGCAUCCAACGAUAAACACAGUAAGGAGCACAUUAUUUGCAGUGCUGACGACCACAAAAUGAAUCGCCAUCACAUGGCUCUAUUUGUCAGGAAUUGUCGACUAAUUUUACUGCUGCGUAAAAACUUUAAUGACGGUGAUUUGAACAUCUUCAGUCCAGCAGAAUGGCGCUGGAAGAUUCCCCAGGUUUGCGAUAACGAAUGGCAUCAUUACACAAUCAAUGUAGAUUUACCCAAAAUUGACCUUUACGUUGAUGGUGUUAAGUUCGAAAGCAAUGUAGAAGAUCGUCACAGUAAUCCGGAAGUCAUCGACGAUUGGCCACUGCAUGCUGCACAUGGUAUCAAUACUACUCUCGCCAUUGGCGCAUGCUAUCAGGGAUCGGAAAAUCGAUUGAAGCAUGGAUUCAGUGGAGAUAUUUCGGAAAUAAAAUUGUCACUGAAAAAGGUUUUGACACCCAACCAGAUCCGCUGCGGAACUGACUGUGCUGAAAAACUGCUUCCUCCACCAGAUCACUUCUUGGAACCAGAACAGCAGAUCCAGUCCAAUACACAGAUGAACAAAAUCAUCAUUGAAGGCAGCAACAAGAGCAAUAUCGAGCAGCUCCUACAGCAAAUCCAGUAUAUCAACACGAAGGAAAAUCCAACAAUCGGUCGUCGCAAUAUCCAAGUCAUGACUACUGUCAGCUGUCCAAACAAGAAAGCAAUUCGACUACCGACAAUUGAUACGUAUAUUAUGGUUACAUCAUCUAAUGUAACAUCCCCACCAGCUACGCCAUCAGCUACCUUAUACAGCAAGAUUCUUGUCGACAAACCCUUAACAGUUGAUCAAAAACCACAAAUUGCAAUUACUGGCAAUUCAAAUCAUUUAGUGUCAUACCCGGACAUUAAGGAUGGAGUGAAAAUUUUAGCACAAAUCAAUAUCAGUAUUUAUACUGGCAAGGAAAUCCGUCCAGCAUUGCAAAAGCUCGAUUCAUGCCAAGUCAUCGUUUUCCCUAGCCUUAAUCCAGAUCACGAGGAAAUCACUAUCGACGACAAAGAUGGAACCGAUGAGUCGCUGUUCAAGUUUGACAUCAAAACUAAAAUCAGCAAAGAUGGAGUUGAAAUGAUUGGUUAUGACUCCAUUGAAAAUUAUCUACAUAUCCUGAAAUCGUUGGUCUACAUCAACAAGAAACCAGCGUAUUACCUAAACCGGGUAUUUAAGCUGACCUGCGCUCAAGUGGACGAUCGUUUCCGAAAUGCAGAGUAUACGUUAACACUGACGGUGCUGCAUCCAAAACAGCAGCCCACGUCUGCAGCCACAUCCUCCAACGUGCUGAUGGCGGUACCGUCAGUCAUUCCGACCUCGGCUCCCGAUGGUCAGAUACAUUCCAGUGCUGCGGUCGCUGCAGACUCGCAUGACACAAACCAGUACGCUCAUGCGAUGCUGCACUCGCACGACAUCCAGGAGUCACAGUCCAAAGUGCACAAUUUGGCGCACGAGAAAGCGCAGCUGGCCUCGUCCCACUCGACCAUGUUGAUCGUGGUCAUAUGUGCGUCGUUUGUGCUGCUAAUCUGCGGUGUUGGUAUUGCCCGUCUGCGGAACAACGGUAGCGGAAGUAGUGCCAGUCAGGCCCAGAACCUGGAAAAGCACCAACCCUGCCCAAAGGUGGCUCCUGAGCAGCAGCUGGAUUGGGAUGACUCGGCCCUAACCAUCACCAUAAAUCCAAUGCAGAAUGAUAACCUCUCGGACGAGAGCUCAGAGUCGGAAAAUUCCGACUCGGAAGAUGAGGAGGUUAUCAACGGACGCUACAAGAAUGUUAGCCAGUUGGAAUGGGACAACUCAACAAUCUAAAUGAAUAUAUCAGAAAUUUUAAAUUAUGGAAAAUUUAUUGCAUAUUUUAAAAUUAAUAAAACAAACAAAUUGAAACAAGCAAAAUUGCCAUCCACUUUCCAACUUGUACAACACUCACACUCCAAAACUACAGCAAACACACGCAAACACGAACACGUAGGAUAAUAACAAAAAAAACAACAACAACAACAACGGCGGCCGCAGAAAACAGCAUCAGUAGCAAAAGUGAGCGAAGUAGUAGUAACUGGAAAAACAGGAUAACCAAUCCCAUCCAUGUUUGGUGGGGAGACAGGAGCAACAGAGGAAAGCAGCUGCAGCCAAUCUAUGCAUUAUUAACGAGCAAACAAUAGUGAUGAUGAUAACUGAACCGGCAGACCCAUCAGCAAUGAGGGAAGCAAACAUGUGCGGGAAAAAGACGGAAAAGCAUUGUUCAUUUCAAUAUGAUUCUUUUUUUUUUGUUAUGUUUGUCCUGCACAUAAGUAACAAAAGACAUGAGGAAGGACAUUCACUCAGAAAUCUAUCAUGGUAACGUGCAGUUGUAUGUAUAUUUUUUCAUAAGUCGACUAAAAGGGGCACAACGGGUGGAAAGGAGUAGACAUUGCUGGCAUGCAGUGACUGAAAUUACAUACAUUGGAAAGCCAGUCUGUUGCAACUACGAUUGAUUAUACUGACAAGACAGGACAUUUAAAACGGAUGACUUCUUCACAAUUGUGAACAUUUUCAUAAUUAAAUAAGACAUGUAAUGUGUGCAAAAAUUCGAAUCAGGAUAAAGUAGAUUUUUUUUAAAUCGCCUAAGUGAUGAGUGUAUUUUAGUGUCGUAAACAGCUGGCAAGGCUGGACCUACUGGUGGACAGCAGCCAGCAAAUGUAAUUGACACUGUUACUGGUUUCGACAUAUUCAAAUUUUAUGCAAGCAGGUUUGCAUAAUUUAAAUUGUAGUUCGAUACAGUGACCUACGUACGUAGGAAUCAUGUCCGAAAUUAUUUACUCUAGGAUAUUGAAAUAAGUGGUCGUCACGUGAGAACAGCACUAACAGCCUAUAUCCGUUCAUAUUUAAGGCCAAAUAUGAGUAAAUAUCUAGGAAAAUAAACUAAGCGAUUUGAUUGUGGUUAACUUGACGCUUGAAAAGUUUGUAUUGAAAAACAUUGACUUUAUCACAGUAUUUCAUUGGGUUUUUCUGAGGUUUUUGAAUCAAGUGUUUUACUACUUAAUAAUGCAGUCCCCCCUCAUCAAUCAGAAAUCGUAGUCAAACGAACUUUUAAACGUAGUCAAACUCUACGAAAUGAAAACAUAAACAAAUCAAUUUCGUUGCAUAUUGUUGAUACAUGGCCUACUACACAGCAAAAAAUGUGUGUUCUGGUCAAUAACGGCAAUAAAUGCCGAUGUAUAAAAUAUUGAUUUAAUUAAUAAAAAAAAAAUACUGAUACAAUAUCAUAUCUGUGGAUUUGUCAGUGCAUCGAGAGUCGGAUUUAAAAUCACGUAGAUUAAAGGGGGCGGAUUUUCGUUGAUGACACUUUACUCUAUAAUUGAGGAGUAUCGUACAGAUUAAAGCAUUCUUAAAUCAUUUCAACCAGACUUUCAUCCGAAGUCAACACUCAUUGGCGCCAAGACAGGUAACAGUGAUGUUCGCUCUUUGCCUUCCCAUGGGUUUUACGGGGCAUUCAAGAAGAAUCGAUACCGAGUAUCAUCAUCAUCGUUCUAUUAUUGCGAAUAACAUUUAAUAAUAAUCGAACUAAAUAUAAUCCGAAGCGUUGGCCACAGUGUGCUCGUCAUAGCAGCAAGUAUAAACGUGAUUAUAUGUAGGUACCUAAGUACUUCUGUUCAAACCUGAGAUCUUUCAAUAAUGACUAUGGCAAAGUGAUGAUGAUGAUGGUGAUGAUGAUGUUAGUGAUUGUUUGUUUGUUGGUUUUGUGCUCUGAAUUGAUUCGCAUUUUGAACGAGUUUUGAUAACCCGCGCGAAUCAUCUCUUGUCUGACAGUGUGAGAUCAAACGUGAGUUCCUGUAACAUUGACUACCGCUACUUCAGUUCACCUGUACAGGAAAUCAACAUUAUCGGCCUUUCAAUCCAACACGGACUGCCAAAACAAAUGUUUAUGUCCGCACCGUUAAAUUUCCCGACGACAUAAAUCAUAAUCGGAUGUAUUGUUUGCCAAAAUCGAAAAUGGUUCACUGUUAAAUUAAUCAAUGGGUUGUAACAAUUCAUGCUGCAGUAUUCAGUGGACACAUAUAUUUUAUCCUGUGUGAAAAAGCAAACUCGGUGGAAAUUUAUGUUUCAACAUAGUACAAGAUUUCAAAGUGUGAUUGAUUGGGGAUUUUGUUUUGCAUGGUCAUACUUAUAAGUACUUAAUGUAAUCGAAAAAAAAGAUACUCUCGGUUCGUGUAUACAUAUAGAAUCAACCACCCACACGAACCAAUCUGCACCUAGCUGUGAAAUGUAUAAUAUUCGGAGUAGAUUAUAUUCUCAAUUGUUUGCCGUUCAGGUGGUUCAUAGAAGAAUGAUGGUUCGUUAUCGGUAUUAUAGCUUCAAUGGUAGAGAAACGCUGAUUUACAUCCAGUAAGUUGUGAAAAAAUCAUUACAGUAUCGGACAGAAUAGUUGCAAGUACGUUUUCAUUUCCGUUGUGGAAUCAUUAUACAGAUUAAAAUACAAAAUUCUGAAAAUAGUAUUUUAGUUAAAAUUGAAAUGCUUAGAAAUAACUUAAAAUGACAGAACCUGAGUUAAUUUUUCUCAACAAUGCGUAAUUUUUAAAUGGAAGUUCUUGAGAAACUCCACCUGGCCGUAUUUAAGGAUAUUCUUAAGAGAGUUCAAAGGGCAUUCCGCGUCGAGUGCCGAGGGAUUAGAAUUCUUAGUUUUCCUGUCUCUUAGUUUGAAAGAAGUUCUGGUGAGUGCUUUAAGAGAUUUCUUCAUGAAAUUCUAAGUAUAUUUUCCAGGAAACUCCAAUGAGAGACCCAAUUCACAAUUUGAAGAAUAAUUAAAAAAAAAGUAUUUCAUGGGAGUUUACGGGAGAGUUCUGAUGAGAACUCCAAAAUAAGUCUCAGCAGAGCUCCAAGAUAAUUCUGAAUGGUAUACCAAAGGAAAUUUUGGAUAAUUCUCCAUGAAAAUGUUUCGCUUUGUUCCAACUGCUACAGGGUAUUUUGAGUUACGUUUUUGUCUAAUUAAAGUGAAUUAAAACAACUUUAUGUUUUAACCCGACGUUUUAUUGUUUUUUCGUCCUUGAGAAAGAUCCUUUAAGAACAGAAAGGUCGGGUGAAGAGACCAUAAAGUUGUUUUAAUUCACUUUAAUUGGACUAAGAAGCCGCAACCAUAACGCAACAUGGAAAUUUUCAAACCAUUUUAGAGGGCAAUUUCAAUUAAUUCCUGUGAUAGUUGUUACAAAUUCGUAGAGAAUUGUUGAACGAAAUUCAGAAGAUUUCUUUGAGAGUAUUUGGAAAAUAACUUUCUGAUGAAAAGUCGGCAACCAAUAUUAAAACUCACCAAAACACUUCGCUGAAUGUCACGGGGACAACAAUUAAGCAUUUCAUCGUAGCUCAUUUCAACAUGAUUAAUACAGAGGUUAAGUGGGCCCUACAUUAUUGUCAAUAAUUCCCCUUCGCGUCAAUAUAUUGAUACGUGUGGGAUUUUAUUAUAAUUAUUAUUAUUAGGAUGACUGCAAUAUACUACACUGUACCAAAACAUCAUCCUCUGUUCGAAUGAAACCUCAGACCAUUCAAUUCGAAACAACGAAAUCGCUUUUUCGAAUGAUAGCUGCAACUGGAUGACGGUUGGUUUGUAAUGAGAUGAUGCUCCUCUCGAAUACAGGAUGAAGACUGAUACGAGAAGCGAAAGGACCUCAGUUGAAAUACCUAAUGCUCUCUGUAGAAUUAUUGUCAUCCCAAAUUGAAAUGCAGCUUGUUUUUUUUUGUAUCUGACAGAGCGUAAAAUUAUUGACUGCCUAGACUGAGUGUGAAAGCACUGCACUAUUCAAUUCAUUGCUCUGUGCAGAGCGUUUGUACCAAACGGUAAAGGACGAGGCAAUGAAAGAGCCAACAAAACCAUUCAGUCACUCACGAGCAGGCGACGCACACCGCUUGCCUUCGCUCACACAGCAUGUAAUUGAGUCAUUUUUCCAUAGGAAAUGUACGCUCAGUCAUUCAAAACAAAUAUUGGGUACCAUCACGGCAAAAUAAACGUGUUGACUGAGCUACUGACUGGGUGCUCGGCUGUUAGUGACUCGUUUACCUUUCAAUCAUUCAGACUCUCACGAGGCAGUGAAUGAUGAGGCAGAUGGCAGUUCAUAUUCAUAUCAAAAUGACUCAAUGAACCUGACUGUUUUGCGCACUGGUAUCUGUAUUGAGGAGACUUUCAGCCCUGGGCUGGUUCGUCUCCGGAAUAUGCAUCUUGUGGUAUUGGUUCAGCCUCAUAACACAAAUCAUCUAAAACGAUGAUGUUAAUAAUAUUAUCAAACGUCAUUUGCUGAUCUGAGAUGAUAAACGAGGUGGAAACAUAGUCAUCGCUAUCAUACGUGGUACGAGCAUUGGUAGCGCAUGGAAUCCGAAGAGUGUCUAUUUCGUGGUGGAGGGAUUUCCCUCUACCAACACACGAUUUUGUAUCCAUCAUGGAAUGGCUGUACAUGGCUGUUCAAUGUGGAAUGUAAACAGUCGAGAUAUAAAUCUAGUUUAAAGUAUUUGCAAGUCAUCCUAUUCUUGAAUUGUUGUCCUCUGAGCGCUGUUUGUGUUACAGCCAAUGCUCAAAUAAACAUCAUCUUUUAUUUGGAUGACAGUCAUAUGGAUUCUGAUCAGCUAAUGACGAAUUCACCCAUGAGGCAAUCAUCCGAAAUUCGAAAGCAUAUUGUUAAAGGGCUUGAGCAAUGCAAUAAUCAUUCGAAGUAUUGCGGAUGUUUUCUUUCAGUGUACUCUUUCUAGCAUUCAGCACUGCGAUGCAAGUAUGAAAGAGUAAGCUAUUUUCAGUUCUACCACUGUCAGCUUGCCCAAAAGUGUCAGAUUGUCCAUAAAUGUCAAAUUCAUGUGAGCUACGGUACAUCUAUAUGUGAUUGACAGGAAUUUGCUGAAUGUAUUUCAACGAUUUCUUAGUGUUACAUGAAUGUUUACGAGUUAAGGCACGUUUUCUUCUUACACCUUAUAAAAUGCUUCUGAUCAGUUGCAAACAGCUUCUUAACAUACGGCUCAAAUGGAAAGAUUGCCAAAUAAAAACAGGUUGCCGACACAAGUCACACUCAUCUGAGAAGUUUGGAACGUUAUAAAACGGUUUUUAAACGGUUUUGAACGGUUCUAUUGAUUUGAAAGGAUAAAUCAAGGGCCACAUUAUGUAUGACGAUUGAAAUGACUUUUCCGUGCAACAGUUUUUGAUUUACCCAGCUCAGAGAUCAUCGCAGAUUGAAUGGGAGAAGCAGACUCGGAAAAUAUGAACGUCAAAAAGAGCCAGAAUUAAGCUGUCACGAACAGUCAUUGGGAGCCAAGCAAUUUAAUGAUGCGUUUCGUACAGUUGAACAAAAAUACACAAGGCGGUAUUGAAACCAUGCGUAAAGUAAUUUAUGACAAAUUGUCGGUUCCAGCUAUCUUAUUCAAUGGGACGUCGUUUUUUUAAUUCAUUCAUUGAAUAUACACAAAUCAAUAUUGAAAGAUAUCAUUAAUCCAGUUUUUUGUCAUAAUAUUUAGUGACAUAAUAAAUACAGAACAGAAAAGUAAUUUUUUUCACUGUUCACUGGACAAUCUCAAACAAUCACUACACGCUCACAGCAAAACAGGCUAUUUAACUAGCCUAUUUCGAUUUGAUUUCAAUGGCACAAAUUUUCACGACAAGAAGAACAAGCUAUAAAAUAAAUUCCAUGAUUGCUGUCUGCUUCUCUCCCAGAUCGUAGAGUAGUGAGUAUUGAAGAUAAGCGUAGUAUCCAUAACAACCCCUCUAGGUUAUGAAUUAUAUCAUCAAUGGACAUCGCGGUCUUUGAACAGAGGUAAUCCAGCACUGACAGAGUAACUUUUCUUAUCUCAAUAGACACAGCCUUUCCCAAUGCAAUGAGACUUCUGUUAGCUCUGUAUUACAGGAACCACACUGAGCAUGCUGUGCAGAGUCUUUCCUAAAUUGAGUGAAUAGGUCUCACAAGUCUUGAAAAUCUUACUAAAACAAAUUUGCCAUUUUCACGCUCAUUUUUACUACAGCAAGCGUGAAGUCAACGAUUGUAAAUUUGAAAGAGAUGAUUAAUUAAUAUCAUCUUAUUUUUUUAAUUAGGUUGAUCAAACAUUAAAAAAUUUCGCGGAGUUUUCACUUAAAACAUUAUUAUCAGUAGUAGUAACAAAUUAUUUGUAUCAAAGAUUAGCAAACUUCUAACUAGUGACAGUGCACGACUUUUGAAAUUUAAACUCGUUUGUAAAAUGUAAUGCAUUUUACAGGUAUGAGGUAGCUAAUAGUUUGGAAAUGAAAACAACCAAAUCUAGAUCAUAUGGACAACUUGACGUUUGUACCUUUGAAAUCGCAAACUAACACCACCGUCAGGUAGGUAGAGUAAAAUUUCACUUUCCUGGCGUGGCGAUGGUGUUGUUAGUUUCCAUCGGCGAGGUUGUCAGUUGUCAAGUUUCGAUACUUGACUGCUAUGAAAGUUUUCAAUGGAUUAAUGUAAGCAGUCAGUUUUAAUCCUCUCACUACUGACAAAAAAUAUUUGGUAGGCUUGAUCCGUUGAAUUAAAAUCUACCACUUAUACAAAAUAUUUGUUUCUAAAAAGGUUCUAAUUUUGUAAGAAUCAUAACUUUUCGGUUUUCUGUAUACAAAAUAAAUCACCUUACUUUUUUUUACUGGCGACAUCUUUACCAAAAAUCUACCAUACAACCAUAAUUAAAAAAUUAUGGUACCAGUUAUGGCCUAUGGCCAAAAAAUGUACCAGUUAUGGCCUAUGGAGUUUAAAUAAACUAGUGCCAUGACUGGUACCAUUUCGUAUAUGGGAUAGUGCCAUAGCUGGGAUACCUACCCUAUAUUUCAAAUCUAUUUUUUACCGGCACAAAAGACUAUAAUUGUAAUAAAGUAUCACACUGAAGAAUUAUCUACAUUCAGAGUUAGCUUUCAAAGGUUUUGUCCGAUACUGUUAAUUGACAUCUCUACCAAACCAGCCAGAGUUAUUUUGAAUGUAUGAGUGUCCAUUGACAUAAAAAAAAUAAAAGCAUUUUUAGUUCCCGUAACCGUUCCUACGAAAUGUGCAAUAAAAUUGCAGUAAUUUAGGAACUUCUCUUGCCACCUAUGUAUCGCUCAGCACAUCUUCGCAAACACCUUGCACACAAACACAGACAAGAAAAAAGUAGACGUGGUAUGCAGAACAGAUCUAAACCGACUUGAAACCGUCCAAAUUGAUUGAUUCGUGGAAAAAAAACAGCAACACUGCAAUUAUUGAGAUGUCCUGCAAACAUUCAUCCGUUUAUAUCUCAGCGAUGCAUUCACGCAAACGUACACAUACACAGGCGCACACACGCACGUCCCUACUGCGUUCCCGCUCCUCCCCAAAUACCCCUUCCCAUGUCCUAUGCCGGCAAAGAAUGAAACUUUUCAAACGUUUUGAACAAACGGAGAUAGAACGGCAAAUUUCAAGUUCAAGAAGGAAACCUUCCGACACUUUGAAAGCUGUGCAAAUUGAUUUUAGGUUUUAGUUUUAAUUGCUUUUACACAGUUGCGAAAGAGAAUAUAGUCGAAAAAAUAAACGGUAAAAUCAAAAUAAUUUUGUGAUACAGGUACGAUGAGAUAAACGAGUAAUAGCUAUUGUUUCAUUAAUUGUAAACGAAUAUUUUAGCGAUCAGAGAGAACUUUGCAGCGGACAAGAUUUCUUUCUUUAUUAUACAUUAGUUGUAAUUUUUCCUACAUAUGAUGAACAGAUUUCUUUUGUGUUGCUUCGUUUUCUUUUUUCAAUUAAUCAAUUGCUCAUUGUUUGGUAAAAAUCAUAAAGAAAAACAAAUUUUAUUUUCUGUGUUAUUAAUUUUCACACUUUCUAGUAAUAGGGAACUAGCGCUUAAGUGAACUGUCUUACAGAAGGGGAAAUUGUAUAUUAAAACAAAUUGGAAUUUAAUAAUAUAUUUAAUACACAGCCGGCAGCAGUAGGUACAUCAAUACUAACAUAUGGUUUUUCGAGCAAACGAGCAAUGUACGGCAUAAACAAAACAGCAUAUUAAAUAAAACAAAAUCCAAACCAAGCUAACAAGUAUUGGAAAAGCAGAUGCUAAAUUGGAGAAUAAAAGCUCUGGACUUAGAAUAUAUUUAUAGACAGUAUAUUAAUUUGAUAUUGAAGAGGUAAAUCAGGAGUAGCACCCCAACAUCCACACGUUUACAGUUAGGCCGAACAGCAGGAAGGAACAGAAUGGAGUAAACCAGAACCUGUAGUUAAAGAAAUUGAGUGACUUGUUGACAGAGAGGAAAUGUUGAUAGAAGAACAGCAAAACUCAUCGAGAAGAGAACGCAAAAUUCAUUAGUUUAUUAUGGUGGUCUAAAGGAGAGUCUGAGUAAUUUUCGUGGUACAUCUUUAUAAUACGGGCAGAUUCAAACAAUGAAAUUGGUUGGUUGGCAAAUGUUCCGAUUUGGUGUAUGUUGAUGAAAUUUAGAAUAGGGUAAGUGUAUCAGUUAUGGUGCUAUCUCAUAUAUGCAAUGGUAUCAGCUAUAGAAUUACUCCAUGUAAAUCCCGCCUACCAUACCUAUUACUGAUACAUUAUUGAGAAGGGUCACAAUUGCAAUUUUUCAAUCUUCAUUGAUUUAAUAUUAACAUCUAUGCUACUAUGGGGGCAAUUGUUACUUUCUGUUACAAUUUGUAAAUGUCGUUGGUAAACAGUAGGUGGAUGGCGAGUCAAGCAGUUUGCGCAAAGUAAUGUAUGACAAAUUGCCAUUUUUAGCUAUCUCUCUCAAUGGAACACCGUUUUUAAGAUUUAUUCAUUGACUAUAUCAUGUAUAUACUUUGAUGCAUAUUGAAAGAUACCAUUAAUCAAGGUUUUUGUCAAAAAUGUUGGUGGCAUAAUAAAAUGCAAAACAGAAAGGUACAUUUUCUCACUGCGCACUGAGCAACGUCAAACAGUAACUACAUGCUUAAAGCAGAACAAUCAAUUUGGCUACGCCUUUUAUGAUUUAAUUCCUUGUCAAGAAGAACAAACAAUUAAAUUAAUUUCGUGUGUGCUAUCUGUGUCUCCCUCCCUCCCUUUUACAUGUUGUGCAAUGCAGCUCAAUAUAAAAAUGUCUUCAUCAGAAGUCGGAUUUGAUGGUUUGAUAUACGAACACUUUCGAAUGUUUGAUAGAAUUCUUUUGUGAACUUAUAACACAUAUUUUCCCAAAAGUUCUGUGCCUCUACCCCAAAUGGUCAACCAUUUAACUUCCUUCAACUGCAAUCCAAGUUUGCAAGGAAAUUAAAUUCCUCGACCUUGUUUCCAAAUUCCACUAGUCAAUAAAAACUUCCUUUUGACACCGACUGUUCGCGUCAACCCUACCACUACACCACACACCGCAUAGACAUAUGAACUCACAUUCCCAACCCACUUAUAGUCGUGACAAACAGGCAAGAUGCGAGAUAAGCAGAAAAUUUGCACACUCAGAUUCUCCUGCCCGAACAGCACUGGACCGGACCGGAAAGACACAGCAAAAAUGUAGCUAUACGUAUAGAGAAUAAAAAAAAUGAACUUAACUAAAAAUCAGUGACAGCAAGAGUGGUAAAUUAAAUUAUAUAUAUAUAUAUUAAACGUAAGAAGAAAAGAACGGCGCAGAGCAAGUGGGAGUAAUAAAUUUAAAGAAAAUAAAAAUUAUGCUUAAGUUUGUGAAAAGAAAACAAAACCCGUAACCGUGUUUAAAUGUGAAUACUUACAAUGGAAAUUGAGAAGAAGAAAACAACACUGUGUACACAAUGAGUAGUGCGUAUACAUGAAUGUACACAACUCUAGCGAUAUGACUUUUCUGUUAAACGAUCAUCCUAUAUAUAAAGAAAAUGAAGACAAAGAAAAUUUAGCUUACUUAAAAGGCAGACUAAAAGAGUAAUUAAAGGAAACCCCUGGACAAACCACUAACGUAAUGAACUGCUAAAAUCCGAAGGAUUGUCUCAUUAUUAAAAACAACAAACCGCUUUAAACAAUCUUUCUAUGUAGCACGAAACAAAAAAAAACAUAUAAUAGAAAGAGAAAGAGACGCUACUUUAUAUCACUCAUCAUCAGUACAGAGAAAACAAUGUAAACGAAAGAAACCUUCUUCACCCUCUUCCCUCCUAAACUUUUACCUUAUAAAAACUUUUUUUUUAUAUUUACCAUUUCGGUCUCAACUCAAACGCUAACGAUUCCAUAGUGGGCUAUUUGUCUCGUCACCACCACUGCGCUGAGGUUAAACAGUGACGCGCUUCUCAAGGCAUACUCAUCUGUUCAAUUCCAAUCAGUUUCUGCGUUUUUCUAUCUUCUUCUUUUUCCUUGUGAGACAAAACUUUUCCCCCUUUCGGCAAAUGGUUGAGCAGCUAAUAAAUCAACAACUUCAAUAGAUAAAACGUUUUGGUGAAAUUUGUUUUGCCCGACUCCACAAAAGGAAUAUGAUUGAUUCAUGCAACAUUACAAGCGUGUAUCUACAACACACACACAUAUAUAGGGCUAAAUAUGUAACAGUGAAUCAAUUUUUGUGCAGAAGCAGAAAAGAAUAGAAAACUUUAGUAACAAACCGGUCCUUGUAACAUUCUGUCACCUACUUUUAUUUUGAUGAAUAAAGUUUAAUUAAAAAACAAAA